CUCAUAGAUUUCUGAGUCACUGAGUUUACCUAGCUAUUCUCAUAGUAUAGGCUAUAUAAUAAUUAAUAUCAUAUAAUAUAAUUCAUUUUGGAAACUGUAAAUCCCUAAAACUGCGAAGAUACAUACCGGUAUCUUGUUGCCACAAAGAGAUCGCAAGGUUUUACGAGAAAUUGGCAGGUGACAAUGUCAAUGUCUGACGGAGUUACAUUGACAACAACAAAUAGUCCAACAUAUCAGAGGAAUGACAUAAGCCUAAGCAGAAAUGCUAGUGGCAAUCUAGUAUGGCUGGAUGCAGUGAAGCAUUUCCUCCGAAACCUAUCGAAGCCAGCGUUCUUGUCGACUAUUCGUUCUCACCUUGUUGGACAAGGCCAUCUCCCGAGUGCGGUAACACCAGAGACGCUCGCCGGUCUGCUGGUGCAAGAGACAAAGAAGCCAGGCUCACUACUGAAAGUUCUUCCAGGGUUACUUUUCACAGUCGUACCAAGUCCAGCAUCUGCAAUGCAGGCUAGCAAUGAGAGGUACCGACAUCGCUACAAGAAGUUGCGAAAGCUUGUAAGGGAAAUGACCUUUGUGAAUGCAGCCGUUUGUGAUGAAAUUGUAAGGAUGGAAGAACAAAUUCAAAAAGCGAGAGAUGAACGGAGCUUUCUUUUGAGGAAACUUCUGCAAUAUCAAACAGUAAAUGAGCUUGCCAGCCUGGUCAGUCAAGCCCAGGCUGCACUAGUAUCACCUAGCCAAGUGCCACCAGGUGGCAGCACAGGGCUGGUAUCCUCAGGAAGUCUAGCCAAAGAAAAGAAAAAACAUUCUCUUGUGGACGAUAUUGGUAAGAAAAAAGGUACAUCCAAAUCAAAGAAACAUAAGCGAGAAGCAACAGCGAAGAAGUUUUUUGUUCAGCAAAUCCCAUUAGAUGACGUGGGCCGCCCCUUGUUUCCAAUCGUUGUGGAUGGACUCACUGUGCACAGUCUGGGCGAGAUUGUACAUGACCGACAAGCAUUCCACACAGAGCAGCACAUCUACCCAGUUGGAUUCUGUAGCUCCCGCACAUUCGAUGAUGUCAAGAAUCUGGGAAGGAAGUGCCUCUACACGUGUAAGAUACUGGAUGGUGGUGAAGUUCCACGGUUUGAAAUAGUGCCCGAAAGCAGUCCAGAAACACUUGUAAUGGGAUUCACAGCACAGGGGUGCCUGAACGAGCUACUACGGAUUAUCAAUGCCUCUAGGAAAGAAGACCAGCUAGAAUUCUCAGGUCAAGGUGAAGAUUUCUUUGGCUUUGCUCAUCCCACCAUACAAAACCUAAUACAGAGCUGUCCUGGAGCUCGGAAAUGUUCUAGUUACAAGUGGACAAAAUUUAAGGUGUGCAAAUUUGGACGGGAUCCAGGUCAAACUAUUGCUGAGGACAGCCAACAGAAAUAGCAAGCACUUGCUUUCCUGCAAACUAGUACGCAUGACAGCUGAACUGUAACCUACUGCCAUCUCUUGAGAUUAGUUAUCUUAACAGAGGAUUUGUAGAUAAUACGCAUGGUAAAUAUGAAAUGAAUGUUACCAAACUGUGUAGUCGUAUAAUUUAUAAAUUCUAAAAAUGAACAAAGUUCCAUUCUUUUUAUCCAUCAGUCAAAUGAUCUAUCUUGGUUUUUAUCUAAAUAGAAGCAAGAAUAUAUUACAGAACAGUGAUACUAUUUCAAUAAAAGUAUUAUAGUAAAUACAAUA